AUGACCUCGCUCCCUCCCCUUAUGUUCACUCCUCCUUCAACAAAACGUGUUCUCGGCCGGAAAUGCGACCCUCAGCUCUCAUCUGUUUACUUUGAAUUUUCCAUCGUUUAUCUAUCCUUUCUCGUACACUGGAUUUUGGUUUGCUUCAAGGUCAAGCCAACUUUUCGCAGGAUUCAUCUACUGAUGGCUGGAUUGAUACUAGUGAAGGCACUUAACUUGAUCUAUGCUGCUGUGAACGUUACAGAUACUCAUGAAUCAGGAAACAAUUUGCUUUUUCUUGUCGAUCAUCAUGAAUAG